AUGAUGGUGGCUGCCAUUUCUGAAGCAGCUUCAAACGACCCUCCAAACCCCAAAACCUCCGCAGACCCACGCUCACGCACCCAUCUCCAAAACCCAUCAAGGCCUCCCCUUUUGCCCUCAGAGAAAGACAAUGGCUUUGUGCAAAGAAGACCCAGAGGCAGACAAGUCUCGUCUAAGUACAUGUCUCCUUCUCCUUCUUCUUCUUCCACCUCAACAUCCACUUCUACUGUCUCGUCCUCUGCGUCUUCUAGAAGAUGCCCAUCUCCAUUGCUCUCAAGGUCCAUAAACUCCUCUUCAAACUCGACCCCAGUGCCCUCUUUGGGUCCGAAACGGGCUCAAUCGGUGGACCGGAGGCGACCCAUUACGCCUCGGACCUCCACGGGUCUCCCUGAGGCUCGGCUAAGCAAUGCAGGCGCUGAAGUCUCUGCUGCCACUCGGCUUUUGGUCACUUCCACUCGGAGCUUAUCAGUUUCUUUUCAAGGUGAGGCCUUUUCGCUUCCGAUUAGUAAGACUAAAGCAGCUGCCUCGCCUAGUGGGGCUGUUGCGAGGAAGGCCACGCCUGAGAGACGCCGGUCGACCCCUGUAAGAGGAGAUCAGGCUGAGAAUUCUAAGCCUUCUGAUCAGUAUCGGUGGCCGGCCAGGACCAGACAAUUGAGUUCGGGUUCUAAUAACUCGUUGUCCAGGAGCUUGGACUGUAGUUCGGAGACUAGGAAGCUCAAUGGGAUUGGAUCUGGGGUUGCGGCUAGAGCAUUGCAGCACUCUAUGAUUGAUGAUAGCAGAAGAGCUUCCUUUGAUCGCAGAUUGAGCUUAGAUUUGGGCAAUGCUGAGCCUUUAAAGGCUGCUGAGCAAAACCCAGAUGCCAAUUCAGCCAAUGAAUCUUCUGUGCCUUCUGAUCUCACUGCUUCUGAUACAGACAGUGUUUCCUCUGGUAGCACUUCAGGUGUACAUGAUACUGGUGGUGUUGCAAAGAGUCGAACUGCCCCUCGUGGCAUUGUUGUGUCUGCAAGGUUUUGGCAGGAGACUAAUAGCCGGUUGAGGCGGUUGCAGGAUCCCGGUUCGCCUUUAUCAACAAGCCCUGUGUCUAGAGCAGGGUCGAAAUUCAUUCAAUCUCAAUCGAAAAAGUUUAAUGGUGAUAUCCCUUUAUCAUCAUCUCCUCGAACGAUGGCUUCUCCCACUAGGGGACCAACUCGGCCUGCUUCUCCGGGAAAGCUUUGGACUUCUUCAUCAAUGUCACCAUCAAGGGGGUAUAGUCCUUCUCGGGUGAGAAGUAGUGUUAAUGGUUCCUUGAAUAGUAGUUAUUCUGGUCCUGCACCCUCAAUUCUCAGUUUUUCUGUUGAUAUUCGGAGAGGGAAGAUGGGGGAAGAUAGGAUUGUUGAUGCACACAUGCUCAGGCUACUGUAUAACCGUUAUCUGCAAUGGCGGUUUGUAAAUGCAAGAGCAGAUGCUACCUUCAUGGUGCAGAGACUGAAUGCAGAGAAAAAUCUGUGGAAUGCAUGGGUAUCAAUCUCAGAGCUACGGCAUUCCGUCACGCUUAAAAAGAUCAAGUUACUUUUGCUGAGGCAGAAAUUGAAGUUAACUUCUAUCCUCAAAGGACAAAUCACUUAUUUGGAAGAAUGGGCUAUUCUGGACCGAGAUCACACUAGUUCUUUGCUAGGAGCAACUGAAGCAUUGCAGGCCAGUACUCUCCGUCUUCCGGUUGUUGGAAAAGCAAUUGUUGACUUUCAAAAGCUGAAAGAUGCUGUGGGUUCUGCAGCUGAUGUGAUGCAAGCAAUGGCGUCCUCAAUUUGCUCUCUUUCAUUGAAGGUGGAGGAAAUGAAUUCCUUGGUGUCUGAACUUAUGAGGGUUACCGCAACAGAACGGUUUGUGCUUGAACAAUGCAAAGAUUUUUUGUCUACAUUAUCAGCCAUGCAGGUCAAGGACUGUAGCUUGAGAACACAUAUAAUACAAUUACGACGUGUACCAACUACCCGCAGCCUGACAACACGUGUGUAG